GAUAUACUAUCGAUUGUUGAGUAGUGCAAAAAAGUGGGCAAAAAAGGUGCAAUGUUUAGCGUUUAAGUGCGUUAAGUUGCAUUGCGGACGACAACAACAACAACAGCAGCAGCAUUCUAAUGCCGGUCAAAUUGAUAUAAUUGAUUUUCGGGCAGCGCAACAACAACAAAAACAAACCAGCCAACUAAUCCCUGCAUACAUAUACACAUAACAUACACACACAGGCAUUCACUAACACAAAGGACGCAAAGGGAAAAAGGAAAAACAAACACAAACACAAAGAAAAGGAAAAAAGGAAGGGAAAAGAGAGCGCAGCUUUUCCAGAAAUUGGGUCAUUUGUUGUUGUUGUUGCUGUUGCUGGUGAUUUUCAAACGAAUUUCAUUUGUUGCUGUCGUCGUCGUUGUUGGUUUGUUGUUGUUGUUGUGAUGGUUGCGGAAGUUGUUGUUGCUGGCAGCUAAAUGUUAUGGCAACACUUGCAACCUGCAUUUGUGUGGAGUGAGGAGUGGAAAGCGAAAGGAUAAUAGGGAAAUCGGAGAGGAAGCCUUAUAUUUCCACCAGCAAAUCCUGGCCCAAUUUAUGGCAGCUCUACACUCGUGUGCGUGUGUUGAGUGAGACAGCGGAGUAGCUUCGAAUCAAAGGAUACCAGCCAGCCAGGAGCCUUAAAAAGCUGUUCAGCUUGAGAACCCGAUCCGCAGACUAUAGACAAAUAAUACCAGUAGAUCCCGUGCGAAAUGAGCGUGGUGGGCAAGCAACUGAAUCCGGUGCAAUCCUCGAGUGCGGGCGCAGUGACCACGUCGUCCUCCACGGCCGCAGGAUCCUCUUCCGCGGGCAGCGGCGUGGAGCCAGCCAAUGGAGGCAGUGGCGGAUCGUCGGGAGCUGCGGCAGCGGGCGGUGGUGCCUCGAAUGACGCCAAACGACCUGCGGAGCCGUGCAGCGUGAGUCCCGAUGAGGUGCUGCACCUGACCAAGAUCACGGACGACUAUCUGUGCUCCGCCAAUGCAAAUGUGUUCGAGAUUGACUUCACGCGGUUCAAGAUCCGCGACCUGGAGAGCGGUGCCGUGCUCUUCGAGAUCGCCAAGCCGCCGAGCGAACAAUAUCCGGACGGACUGUCCGUGGAGGAGACGAUGCUGGCGGCAGCCGAGGAACUGUCGCUGGAGGACACUGCCGAUCCAAAUGCCGGACGCUAUGUGCGCUAUCAGUUCACACCGGCAUUUCUCAACCUCAAAACCGUGGGUGCCACUGUGGAAUUCACUGUGGGCAGCCAGCCUGUUAAUAAUUUCCGUAUGAUCGAACGCCACUUCUUCCGCGAUCGCCUGCUAAAGACGUUUGACUUUGAGUUCGGCUACUGCAUUCCAUAUUCGAAGAAUACGUGUGAGCACAUCUACGAGUUUCCUAAUCUUCCACCCGACCUAGUUGCUGAGAUGAUAUCGAGCCCCUUUGAAACGCGCUCGGACAGCUUUUACUUUGUGGAAAACCGACUCGUCAUGCACAACAAAGCCGACUACGCCUACGAUGGCGGCAUUAUAGUCUAGAAAGCCAACUAAAGUGGAACUACAACUAGAGCAAAACUAAUAACUAAAGAACUAGAAACUACAGAAGCUGUGAGACAAAAUCAAUGACUUGUCACACACACACAAAACACUCAAAACACUCGGAACACCCAACAAUCACACUCACAACACAUCGAAUCGAAUCGAGGAAUAUUAUCACAGCCAUUUUAGCCUUAGCACAAGAGUUUUACCCACCAUUCCUGUUUGAUGUAUUUAGCAAAGGAUAACAACUCCUGUAAACACCCACUUACACACCAAACACAACAACACACACUGAAGCACGCGGACUGUGUUCAUUUAUCAAUGAUUUCCACUUUGACUAUAUAAUUUUAAGUGCAAUGUGAUUUCCCCUGAUUUAUAUCUGUAUUUAUACACAUUUAUUUAUUCCUAAUAAGUAAGGACACUCACACAUGCCCAAAAAGAAACAACAUAUAUAUAUAUAUAUAUACAUAUAUAUAAUACGUACGUAUACACACACGAAACCAAAGAAAAACAAAUUGGAAUAUUUCGAAAAAAAAAAACAACAAAUUGAGGAAAACACACUUGCCGUCAAUUUUUGUAUGCAGCAUACGAUCAUACGAGAUCUAUCAGCUUCUUCAUGGCAUUUUUUUCGUGUCUGUGUAUGUAUAUUUUUUAACAAAAACCAAAUGGAAAACGAACGAAACUGGAAAUCUAAAAAAAUCUAAUGAUUAACGAUUACACGCCGAACAAGAAUGAUACAUUAAAUUACAUUUUAAAUGUACAUACACCACUACAAA